AUGACUAGAUCCUCUGUCCUUGCCGAUGCUUUAAACACUAUCAACAAUGCCUCUAAGACCGGCAAAAGACAAGUGUUGAUUAGACCAUCCUCUAAAGUCAUCAUUAAGUUCUUGCAAGUUAUGCAACAACAUGGUUACAUUGGGGAAUUUGAAGUGAUUGAUGACCACAGAUCCAACAAAAUUGUUGUUCAAUUGAAUGGCAGACUCAACAAAUGUGGUAUUGUAUCCCCAAGAUAUAACGUUAAGAUUGAUGACAUUGAAAAAUGGACUGACAAUUUGUUGCCAGCUAGACAAUUCGGUUUCGUUAUCUUAACCACAUCAGCAGGUAUUAUGGAUCAUGAAGAAGCUAAGAGAAAGCACGUCGCCGGUAAAAUCUUAGGUUUUGUUUAUUAA